AUGGAUUCUUUAGCUAGCAUAACCCAAUUGAUAAUUGAUGUUUCCAUCCAAAGAGUCACUAUUUACAUCCCUCAACUCUGUCCAUUUCUAUAUUCAACUUUCGAGACUUAUGCAUUCAUUCCAAAUGUUUAUUUUAUUGUUUACAAUUACAUGAGAGCUGCAAAAUCUGUUAUUCAAGUAUUUCUGACAGUCAAUAGAAUGACUUGUGUUCUGGCUCCUUUGAGAUAUUCUAGGAUCUGGAGGAAAUUCAUCCCGUUUGCCAUUGGAAUCAUUGCUUUAUCCCCAUUUCUUGUCAUCUGGAAUGUCAUUAUAUCCGAUACAUUUCCAGCAUCAAUAUUCGGAGGUUUCACACUUGCUUAUACGAAAAGAGUUCGAUGGGCUAGUCUCUCUUUAUUUCAAAUGACUUUGAUGAUAUUCUCAUUGAUUAUCACUAUUUUCACAUCUUCCAUUACUCUUUUCAAAAUGAGAAGAUUGGAAAAUCGGUUGAAAAGUUCGGAAAGAACACUUUGUCUAGCUUCGUUUUAUAUGUCCACGGCGUUUUUGAGUGCAGCUGUUUUUCAGAGUUACUUUGCAUUCUUCAAUAUCGCUGCAGCAUCCACAAAUCUAUUUUAUUUCCUUCAAGGAUUCGCGUUCGACGUUUUGAACGUUGGCUCUCCGAUAGUGAUGAUUCUUAUCAGUGGACAACUGAGAUAUCAUGUUAUUCCUGUCAAGCAGUUGGCUCCAAAGCAUUCAACAGUCGUCUCAGUUUCUUCAGUCAGUCGGAAGGGUUAG